GCGCCAGUGUUCAGUCGCGCGAUAUCGGGGAGCGCGCGCGAGAGAGGAGUUCUAUAUAAUCAGACUUGUAUCAGACCGAGCGGAGUUUAGUGAUCAGACUCAGGGAGAUUCACUCAGCACCGUCCGAUAACCAGAACCAACAGAGUCCAGCAGCAUGUCGUCGGCGGCUAAAGUCAGCAGGAAGGAGCAGAACUCCAACCAUGAGGGAGCGGAGGAGACCUCGGAAAAAGAGCAGCAGGAAGCGAUCGAACACAUCGAUGAAGUACAGAAUGAAAUCGACAGACUGAACGAACAAGCCAGCGAGGAAAUCUUAAAAGUAGAGCAGAAAUACAACAAGCUACGCCAGCCGUUCUUCCAGAAACGAUCAGAGCUCAUAGGCAAAAUCCCCAACUUCUGGGUCACAACAUUUGUCAACCAUCCACAAGUUUCAGCCCUGCUUGGUGAGGAGGACGAGGAAGCACUUCAUUACCUGACCAGGGUGGAGGUCACAGAGUUUGAGGACAUCAAAUCGGGCUACAGAAUAGAUUUUUACUUUGAUGAGAAUCCGUACUUCGAGAACAAAGCCCUGUCGAAAGAGUUCCACCUGAACGAGAGCGGCGACCCGUCCUCGAAAUCAUCCGAGAUUAAAUGGAAGGCCGGAAAGGACUUGACGAAGCGAGCUGGUCAGACCCAGAACAAGGCCGGUAAGAAGAGACAACACGAGGAGCCCGAGAGCUUCUUCACCUGGUUCAGCGAUCACUCGGACGCCGGGGCGGACGAACUCGGGGAGGUGAUCAAGGACGACAUCUGGCCCAAUCCUCUGCAGUACUACCUGGUCCCAGACAUGGAGGACGAGGAAGGCGAGGGUGAAGACGAGGAGGAAGACGAGGAGGGAUUGGAGGAUAUUGACGAGGAAGGGGACGAGGAGGAAGGCGAGGAGGACGAGGAAGAUGAAGGCGAGGAUGGAGAGGACGACGGGGAGGACGACUGAUCUGAUACGGACACUUAUAAUUCCAGCGACCUCUGUACCUGCUUUUCUUUUGAAGUUCUCCAACCUGAGGGAGCAAAGAUUUCUUUUUUUUCUCCUCCACCCCUUUUUUAUUUUCCUUUAUUAUUAUUUUUUAUUUUCAUUAUUUUUCGUGCUCCGUCUUCUGUUCUCGCCAGUCUUCUGUAUCCUGAGUUAAAUUCCUGGAUAUUCACCUGCGUCGGAUAAACUAGUGGCAUCUCGUCGACUCUUACACCAUCUCUCUAAACUCAAAUCUCCAGAUAUUAACAACCUGCACGUCAUGUCACGUCCUCUGUAGACUAAACUCCAGUCGAUAGCAGUUUAUAAACUAUAUAUAUACACGUAUAUAUAAAACGUUUUCUUUUUCUGUGAAUGGUUGUAAAUUGAAUUAAUAAGCCAUGGUGCAGUGAUGAAGCUGAUCAUAGCGUACAGAUUCUAGCCACCGUUUCUUUUCUCUGUAUGUUCUGAAUACUUUCAUGCCAGCGUGGGGGCCCCAAAGAGUCGACGCCGUUAACCCUCCCCCCCCCCUUUUAAGAUAACCGGAAAGCACCAGCUUGUUCUCGUCACCUCUCGUACGCGUACGGGUCGAUAUCAGGGUAUGAGAGUUCUUCUCGCCGGCGGUAAACAUGGGGUCGGUUGGGCCAAGUGGGUCUUUGACACAUCAAUGUUUUUGGGUUUGUGUUGGUUGAAUUUUCAUUGUAAUGUUUUACAGACACCCAUGAGGUUUGAAAUUUACAUUUUUAAUAAAAAUAAAAUGCAAAAAAAGGUU